CGGGGGAGGCACAAAGUUUUGCGAGAGAACGCAACGUUUCUCAGGUAGCAUAAAGCAUAGAAAUAUAAAUUUUCCUCCCAUCUCAUAUUUUUUUCACCACCAUAUCCCCUUGGGGGCUCCGUAACUUUCGCCUAGAACAUUGACAUCACCAAAGCUGGUCCACACCCCCAAUCCAGCAGAUGGCAGUAAUGCGCUAACUCAGUUUACCAAUCGCCAAUAAAAUUAACAGAAGAAGUAGAGGAAGAAGAAGCAGAAGACGCAGCAGCAACGUACAGCUCUCGUUACCGUUUUAUUUUCGACGUCAGGAUGGCUGGUGUCACUUCUGAAAAAAGAGACCUCGAUGUCUCUGGGGGUAAAGAGCGAAAACGUAGCCGCUCGCGGUCCCGGGACCGUGAUCGAAAGAGUUCUCCAGGGAAAGAACGCAAGCGCCAUCGCUCACGGGAACGGAAACGAUCACGAAGCCGCUCUAAAUCUGCAGACAGAGAUCGCCGACAGAAAGACAAAGAAAGAGACAGAGAGAAGGACAGGGAGAGAAGCCGUAAAGAUCGGGACAGCCACAGAGGGGUCAAAGACAAGAAUAAGAAAUCCAGGAGCACUUCACCUAAAUCCAAAGAUACAAAAGUUAAGCGAGAAAAAGAUGUGAAGAUGGAGGAAGAGGAUCAGGAAGAAAAGAAAAAAGAGAAGGUUCAGCCAUUGUCUCUGGAGGAGUUGCUGGCUAAGAAGAAAGCAGAGGAGGAGGCAGAGUCCAAGCCGAAGUUCUUGUCUAAGGCUGAACGAGAGGCAGAGGCUCUGAAACGCAGGGAGCAGCAGACAGAAGAACGGCGGCGGCAAAUUGAUGAGGAAAGGAGAAAAAGGAGGGUUUUUCAGGAUAUUGGAAGAAAGAUGUUAGGGCAGGUCUCGACACUGCUUUAUAGGCAUCCAAAAUAUUCCCAAGAUAUGUGUCGAAAGUGUCGGGCAUGUGAUAUAUUGCUGAAGAGCUGGAAGAUGUGCAGAAUUAUCAAAGAGGAUCCCCAGGAGAGGGAGCGGCGUGAACGCAGGGAGCGGAUGGAGAGAGAGAGCAAUGGAAACGAAGAUGAUGAGAGUCGGCAAAAGAUAAGGGAGGAGAAGGACAAGGGCAAAGAACUUCAGGCCAUCAAAGAGCGUUAUCUAGGUGGAAUGAAGAAACGGCGUCGCACAAGGCACCUCAAUGAUCGGAAGUUUGUGUUCGAGUGGGAUGCUUCUGAGGACACAUCAAUUGAUUAUAACCCGUUGUAUAAAGAGAAGCAUCAGGUGCAGUUAUAUGGCCGAGGAUUUAUUGCAGGCAUUGACCUCAAACAGCAGAAAAGAGAUCAGUCUCGUUUCUAUGGAGAUCUAAUGGAAAAGAGACGCACCAUGGAGGAAAAAGAGCAAGAAGAGCAGCGUCUGAAGAAGAUGCGUAAAAAGGAGGCCAAACAGCGUUGGGAUGACAGGCACUGGUCUCAGAAGAAGCUGGAUGAGAUGACGGACAGGGACUGGAGAAUCUUCCGGGAGGAUUACAGCAUCACUACUAAAGGAGGCAAAAUCCCUAACCCCAUCCGCAACUGGAAGGAAUACGAUAUGCCCCCCCACAUUCUGGAAGUCAUUGACAAGUGUGGCUACAAGGACCCAACACCUAUCCAAAGGCAAGCCAUUCCUAUUGGCUUACAGAACCGUGACAUCAUUGGUGUGGCAGAGACCGGUAGUGGUAAAACUGCGGCCUUCCUCAUUCCCCUAUUGGUCUGGAUCACCACACUCCCCAAGAUUGACAGGCUUGAGGAUUCCGAUCAGGGACCAUAUGCUGUGAUUUUAGCCCCCACACGUGAGUUGGCCCAGCAGAUUGAAGAAGAGACCAUUAAGUUUGGCAAACCACUGGGCAUUCGGACAGUGGCUGUGAUUGGUGGAAUCUCCAGAGAGGACCAAGGUUUUAAACUUAGGAUGGGAUGUGAGAUAGUGAUAGCCACACCCGGUCGUUUGAUUGACGUGUUGGAGAAUCGUUACCUGGUACUCAGCAGAUGCACGUAUGUGGUACUGGAUGAAGCUGACAGGAUGAUUGACAUGGGUUUUGAGCCUGAUGUCCAAAAGAUUCUGGAACACAUACCUGUGACCAAUCAAAAACCAGACACCGAUGAAGCUGAGGAUCCAGAGAAGAUGAUGUUAAACUUUGAGUCUGGAAAACACAAAUACAGACAGACAGUCAUGUUUACAGCCACUAUGCCUCCUGCUGUAGAGCGAUUGGCCAGAAGUUACCUGAGGCGCCCUGCUGUGGUCUACAUUGGUUCUGCAGGUAAACCACAUGAGAGAGUGGAACAGAAGGUUAUUCUGAUGUCAGAAGCAGAGAAGAGGAAAAAGCUUUUGGAAGUCCUGUCACGUGGCUUCGAGCCUCCCAUCAUUAUUUUUGUUAACCAGAAGAAAGGGUGUGACGUAUUGGCCAAGUCUCUGGAGAAAAUGGGGUACAAUGCUUGUACACUUCAUGGUGGUAAAGGACAAGAGCAGAGAGAGUUUGCUCUGUCCAACCUGAAGGCUGGAGCCAAGGAUAUCCUGGUGGCCACGGAUGUGGCAGGAAGAGGUAUUGAUAUCCAUGAUGUCUCCAUGGUUCUCAACUACGACAUGGCCAAGAAUAUUGAGGACUAUAUCCAUCGUAUUGGCCGAACGGGUCGUGCUGGAAAGAGUGGGGUAGCCAUGACCUUCUUGACCAAAGAGGACUCGUCUGUGUUCUAUGACCUGAAGCAAGCCAUACUGGAGAGUCCUGUGUCUACAUGCCCACCUGAGCUCGCCAACCACCCUGAUGCCCAGCAUAAGCCUGGCACCAUUCUCACUAAGAAAAGGAGGGAAGAAACCAUAUUUGCCUGAAAUACAAACAAGUCUUCAUGCAAACAUGACUUCAGUCACACUCAACACUGUUGGGUAUCUCCCUCUUUUUCGCUUUCCAUUAUUCUAUUCUCUCACUUCAUAUACAUGCAAUUAACCUCUCACAUGACUGUGAUGGCUUUCUCAUCUCUGUCUCCAUUUGAUGCUGUGUACAUCUAUUCAGGGAGGGCAUGCAGAGCACUGUAUUUAUGUACUGUUAUUUGGCAGAAUACAACCACAUGCUCCAUUGAUAUGAACAGUAGUACAAGCAUAUGUUUUUUCUUUUAUAUUGUUUUAAAUGGUUACUCAUUUAAAACUGUGUAAAAAAAAAAAAAAAAUAAUAAUAAUAAUCCUACAGGCCUGAGUGAUUUUAAAGAUAUGUGACAUUUUUUUCAUUAGUCAGUGGAUACCAUAUAGUUCAUAGUGAAUACAUUCAUUUGUAUGAACUGGAAAUAAAGCCUGUUUGGUUGAGCUGGUUUUAUUUCUCCUCUUUUCACAGACUUGUAGAUUGUUUUAAUCAUUCAAUAAUAAAAUUAUUGACUGACUAAUACAAGCAACAAAAUAAAGCCACCACAGCAAUAUUAAAUGUAAAUCAAAUCUUUAUUAUUACUAUUAAUAUUUUAUGAAUUAUUUAAAAAGAAAGGAUUCCUCACAGCAUAAAGCAGAUGAUUUUUCUUCAGAAAGACAGGGGUGAGAGGGUGUGCACACAGUGCCUGAAGACUGUUGUGUCUGUUGGCAUCAUAGAUAUUGCAUUACAUUGCAGACAUAGGAAAAGAAAAAUGGUACUAUACAGUCAGUUACCUAAAUAUGUGGACAUUGACAAAAUUAUUUUUAAUUGUAUUUACUGUAUUUGGCUGUCUAACUCAGUAUAUUGGAGUUGGAAAUAACUAAUGAAAGUGUAGACUUUCCACUUUAAUUUGAGGGUAUUUACAUCCAAAUCGGGUAAACGGUGUUGCAGCACUUUUUAUAUGUGGCCCCAACUUUUUAAGGGACAAAAGUAAUUGGGCAGUUGGCUGCUUGGCUAUUCCAUGGCCAGGUGUGUUAUUCCCUCAUUAUUUCACUUACAAGUAAGUAGAUAAAAGGUCUAAUGUUUAUUUCAAGUGUGGCAUUUGGACUUUGUUGCUGUUAACUUCCAAUAUGAAGUCCAAAGAGCUGUUACAGCCAGUGAAGUGAGGCAUCAUUAGGCUGAAAAAAGGUCCAAACAUCCACGGCCUUAGAUCAUGAAGAUAGUGCUCACUCUAAGUGUAAAAUUUAAAGUCCAAUAAAUUUCAGUGGAUAUGGGGGACAAGCCUCCAAGCACCAAUUCUUAUGGUAAGUGCACAUAACAUCUUGUAAAAUUUUCCUUGGUGAAUAAAGCAAUGUUAUUUAGCUUUUUUAGGCUAGUACAACAUGGAACUGGAAGCUAUCCUAGUUCCUAUAAUUUUUUUUUAUCCUAUAAAAAAUUUACAAGUGAAUAUAUUUAAAUUAUAUUAUCCAAAAGCUUUCAAUAUUCAACACAGGAAAGAUCAGUUUGGUCCUCCAGGACUGGAGGACUACACAUUGAUGUAGUGAUACAAAGUAUACAUGUGAUACAAUAUAUUUUCUCAAAACACCUGAUAUUUGUUACACCUCAUAGUACUGAGGGUAGUUUGACUGUCAACAUUGUAAAUCUCUCAGUGAAACUAGUUGCAGUACUAUGGCAACAAAGUAUGAUGACUUGCUAAAGAGUUAUCAUGUGCCCAUUCAUUAUGUACACUACUUGUGCAUACACAUACACAUUGCUAUUAACCUGCUACAGAUUUAAAAAAUAAAGAAAAUUAAGAGUAAAUUCUGUAUACUCAAAUAUACAGUGGUGAUUGAAAGUUUGCGAAUCCUUUAGAAUUUUCUAUAUUUCCAAAUAAAUAGGAGCUAAAACAUAAGAAUUUCACGCAUACUAAAAGACAUCCGAAUUAAACAAAUGAGACAAAAAAAUAUUAUACUUGGUAAUUUAAUGCAUUGAGGAAAUUGAUCCGAUAUUUCAUAUCUGUGAGUGGCAAAAGUAUGUGAAUCUGCAAUUUGCUCAAGAUCACAUGGACUAGCCAGAAGGCUAUUGGAAAAAUGUUUUCUGGAUGGAUGAGACCAAACUAUAAUUUCUUGGUUUAAAAUGAGAAGUAUUAUGUUUGGAGAAAGGAAAACACUGUAUUCCAGCAUAAGAACUUUAUAAAUGCCCGUCUAUUUCAUGAAAUGUGGUGUUAAUGUCCUGGUUUGGGUCUAUUUUGCUGCAUCUGGGCCAGGACGGCUUACCACCAUUGAUAGAACAGUGAAUUCUGAACUAUUAUUAUUAUAUUCUAAAGGACCAUGUCAGGACAUCUGUACCUGAACUGAAUCUCAGGAGAAAGUGGUUCAUGCAGAAAUACAGUUAAUGUUUUGGAAUAGCCAAGUCAAAGUCCUGACCUUAAUCCUAUAAAAUUGUUGAGGAAGUAUGGAAGCAAGCAGUUCUUGUGAGGAAACCCACCAACAUCCCAGAGUUGAAGCUGUUCUGUACUGAGGAAUGGGCUAAGAUUCCUCCAAGUCAAUGUGCAGUACUGACCAACAAUUACCGGAAACAUUUAGAUGCAGUUAUUGCUGCACAGAACUAGCCACAAUUCUUCUGGAGACUUUGACUGUCACACUUGCGUCUUGUUUUUUUCAGCAAAACCCAGCCGUCUUUAUUCUGUUUUUUUGUCUGAAAAGUGGUCUUUUAUGUAAUAUGCUGCUUUCAAACAUUUUUCUGUAACAUUUAAUUUGGUGUUUGAAAACUGAUGUUUGGGAAUCUAAAUGUUUUUUUGUACUGAUUUGAUAAUGUAGAUGUAAUAAAAUAAAAAAUAUAUAACAAAGUUACAGGCAGGCA